UUGCACGCGCCCGGACCGCUUCUGUUAUAUAGAUCAUGGGAACGAAAAUCGCUGCCUCGCCCGCGCUCCCACGCAUAAGAACGAAAAUCGCUGCCUCGCCCGCGCUCCCACGCUGGCGGUGCUCCCGAGUAAUCUGUUUGCUGCUGGCCGUGGACCCUACGGCGGCGGCGUCGGCGCGCGGACUGGUGGCGCCUCCUUUGAACGGGACGGAUGUUGUGGUCUCGCUCAUGCCGCCCGGCACGACGAGAGCGACGCCGCGCGCGCCGGCGGUCGCCCGGGACCGGCGGCUGACAGACUACGCGGAGACGGACAAGAUGCUGGCGAGCGACGGCGCCGCGAGCGACUGGUUCGGCGUCUCCGCGGCCGCCGCCGGCGACCUCGUCGCGCUCGGAGCGCCGAGGCACAAGACCGACGCCGGCGCGGUCUACGUCUUCCGGACGAGCGACGGCGGCGCCACCUACGGCCAGGUGGCCAAGGUGGCGCACCCCGCGAUCGCCGACGGGGCCUGCGCGGCGUCCUGUUUCGAAAAAUCGUGCGACACCUGGUUCAACGACGGCUACGCCUGCGCGACGCUCGAGGGCACCUACGGCUGCGACUGCUCGGGCUGCUCAUGCGGCGCCGGGUACCUCUUCGGCUGGUCCGUGGCGCUGGCCGGCGACCGCCUCGUCGUCGGCGCCGGGUGCCCGGCCUGGUGGACCCUGGGCUUGUGCGACUACGCCAACGCCGCGAUCGUCUUCCGCACGGCGGACAACGGCGCGUCGUGGACGCACCUCGCGACGCUGACGGCGGCCGACGCGGGGCCGGACACGCGCUUCGGCUCCGCCGUGGCCGCCGCCGGCACCGUCGUCGCCGUCGGCGCGCCCCACGACGACGGCGGCGGCGGCCUCCAGUCCGGGGCCGUCUACCUCUUCGCGACGAGCGACAAUGGCGCGACGUGGGCCCAGACCGCGAAGCUCAAGGCCGCCGACGCCGCCGCCUACGACAUGUUCGGCAUCUCCGUGGCGACGGACGGCGCCACCGUCGUGGCCGGGGCCUUCGGCGACGGAAACGCCGGGUCGGACGGGCAAAACAAUCCGGUCGGCGCCGUGGGUGCGGUCUACGUCUACCGCGCGAGCGACGGCGCCCAGCUGGCCAAGCUCACGGCCGCCGACGCCGCGGCGGAGGACUUGUUCGGCUUCUCCGUGGCCAUCGACGGAAACACCGUCGUGGUCGGGGCCCGCGGCGACGGCAGCAACGCGGGCGCCGUCUACCUGUACGACACGGCGACGUGGGCCGAAACAGCGAAGCUCGCGGCGGCCGACGCGGCCGCGGGCGACCUGUUCGGCUACUCUCUUUCCCUGUCCGGCGACGGCCUCGCCGUCGGGGCCAUGGGCGACGACGGGUCCGCGGGCUCGGUCUACCUCUUCCGCACGGACGGCACGACGUGGACGCAGUACGACGAGGUCACCUCCGGCGACGCCGCGGCCGGGAACGUCCUCGGCUACUCGGUGGCGCUGUCCGGCGACCGCAUUGUCGCCGGAGCACCCAACGAUGACGAGCUCGCCGAGAACGCGGGCGCGGCCUACGCCUUCGUCCCGGCGCCUACGGCUAUACCCCUGGUAGCGGACGACACCACGAUUAGAACGGCAGUCGCGGCAUGGACCUCGGACGCGGCGACCGCCGAGGCGAUGUACGGCCACAUCUCGACUUGGGAGACUUCCGGGGUGACGGACAUGUCGUUUUUGUUUUGCGUGCGGCAGGAUUGGAUGGAUCAUAAUUGGAUGGACGAUGCGGAAUAUUAUGAUCCCUGCGUGCUUCCGGCAUCUGCGGCGUCCUUCAACGAGGGCAUCGGCGCGUGGGACACCUCCGGCGUAACGAGGAUGUACGGGAUGUUCUACUAUGCCUCGUCCUUUAACCGAGACAUCGGUAAUUGGGCGGUCGACAGCGUCACGAGCUUGAGCGGGAUGUUCGAACACGCCUCGUCGUUUAACCAGGACAUCGGUGGUUGGGCGGUCCAAAGCGUCACGGAGAUGGGCUACAUGUUCGAAAGCGCCUCGGCCUUCGACCAGGACCUCGGCUGGUGCGUGGAUGACGACGUCUACAUGGUCGACGCGUUCUCCGGCACCCCGUGCGAAUCGACGUCGUGCGGCGUCGUGCAAAUGGACAACUGCCCGAUCACGGGCUACGUCAUGGACGACACCACGAUUAGAACCGCCGUUACCGCGUGGUUUGCCGACCAGUCCGCCGCCGAGGCGACGUACGGCCACAUUUCGACUUGGGAGACUUCCGGGGUGACGGACAUGUCGUUUUUGUUUUGCGUGCGGCGGGAUUGGAUGGACGAUCCUGAUGAGGCGGAAUAUUAUGAUCCCUGCGUGCUUCCGGCAUCUGCGGCGUCCUUCAACGAGGGCAUCGGCGCGUGGGACACCUCCGGCGUCACGACGAUGCACCAGAUGUUCAGCUUCGCCUCGGCCUUUAACCAGGACAUCGGCGCGUGGGACACCUCUGGCGUCACGACGAUGCAAAGUAUGUUCCGCAGUGCCUCGGCCUUUAACCAGGACAUCGGCGCGUGGGACACGUCUGGUGUAACGGACAUGAUCGGGAUGUUCGGAGGCACUUCGGCCUUUAACCAGGACAUCAGUGAUUGGGCGGUUCACAGCGUCACGAUUAUGAGCGACAUGUUCCAAGGCGCCUCGGCCUUUAACCAGGACAUCGGCGCGUGGGACCUAUCUGGCGUAACGAUGAUGGAGGAGAUGUUCGACGGCGCCACGUCCUUCGACCAGGACCUCGGCUGGUGCUUUGACGACGGUGUGAGCCUGGAAGGCCCGGGCUCCAAUGGCCUAUUCUCCGGCACCCUGUGCGAGUCGACGUAUUGCGGCGUCGUGCAAAUGGACAACUGCCCUACGCCUCGUCCGUCCUCCACGCCGACGACCGGCGCACCGACGUACUGGACGCCGGCGCCGACAGGUGCGCCGACUGCGCCAACACAUGCACCGACGCAUGCACCGACAGGUGCGCCGACGCUUGCGCCGACGUUGCAGCCGACGGGCAUCCCGACGCCGGACCCGACCGCGUCGCCGACGCCCGAGCCGACCCCGGCACCCACCGCGACGCCGACAAAAAAGCCGACUCGCGAGCCGACCUCGAUCCCGACGGCGCAGCCGCAAGCCUCGUUCAAACCGACUCGCGUGCCCACCUCGAUCCCGAUCGGUGCGUGCGCCGCCGGUUACUACACCUGCGCCAGCUGCUGCGACCAGGACGCGGACUGCUCGUGCGACGGGCACGGCGGCGACGCCUACGACCACGACUGGCGCACGCCCAAGUGCCCCGAAGGAUAUUACGAGUGCGGCGACUGCUGCGACCGCGACGCGGACUGCGGCUGCGACGACCAUUGCGACUGGGGCUCGAACGCGGACUGCUCCCUCGCGUACGACGGCGACGCCAAGCCCGCGGGAUGGUGCCCCGUGGGCUACCACGACUGCGGCCAUCACGACUGUUGCGAUUGGAACAGCGACUGUGCGUGCGACGGCGCGUGGCGGACGGGCAACGACGACGAGCACUGCGGCGUCGGGCCGACGGGCCACGACGGCGCGCUGCCGGACUUCGAGUGCAGCGUGCGCAAAGGCUCGACGUCUGCUGGCAGCGUGUCCCUCUACGAGGACAAGAGCCGCGGCUCGGAAUGCGACGCGCUCGACUCUAGCGGAAAUGUCGUGGACGCGGACUCCGCGGACCACUGCUGCCAGGGUGAGGCUUAUUGUUGCGAUUACGGGUCAUGUAGCUCGGAUUCGGACUAUUGUGGCCACCGAUUCCGCUGUGGCGGCUCUCUCGAACCCGGGGACGGCGCGUGCGCCAGCAUUCACGUGCAUUACGGCGAGGCCUGCAGCUCGGCGCACGGAGAGGCGCACGGCUGCCCGAUCGUGAACGUCCCGCGAGAGACGUGGGAUUACGAUCUUUGGAGCUGCGACGACUUGUGCGGGCGAGUCGGCGGGUGGUGCGAGCGCGCGGCGUACAUGAGCAACGAUCACUGCGGGUCCGACGUGCACGAGGAGUACGAGCUCUCGUGCGAUCAGGGCAUUCGUGAUUCGGGUUUGACGUAUCCGUCCCACACUCUGUGCUGGUGCCGGGUCGACGACACGGACCACUGGUGGGACUAUUACCACGAAGAAGACGACGACGACGACGACGACGACGGCGGCUCGGAGCUCGUCAUGUCCGGCGGCCUCGUCGCGAUCGGCCUCACGUUUACCGGCAUCAGCAUCGCGGCGAUCGCGAAUGCGGUCCAGGAACAAUGCGCCUUGGGACCGACGAUCGUCUACGAAGCUGGCACGACUCACCCCUACUACAUCUCACCAAAUCUAUGCUCCAUCGGGACCAAGACCUACGCUUCGAAGACGACCGUGCGCGACGCCUCGCCGCGCAAGGUCUGCCGCAAGUUCUGCGAGGCCGCGUCCGCCGCCGGGAAGCUGGCGCUCAAGCACGUGCAGGGCCUGACGUGCUACUGCAAACGGAGGUAG